UUUUUUUUUUGUCCCCAGGAGCUCUAACAUUGUUCUAGAAAUUUUUAAUUAGAUAACACUCCAGCAGUAGUACUGUUCCCACACUGCUCUAUUCGGUGGUGAAGAGGGCCUGGAUGUGUUCUUAAUUCUUACUUCAGCUGCAGAGAAUCAAUAAUUCCUUGUGAUUCCCAAAGUGGAGACAACUGCUGCUCGAUGUUAAUCUCACUGCCAUCACUCUGACCUGUGUACUUUGCUUGGUGUAAUGGGCAUGUAACAAUAGUAAGCACAAAGUACGUGGGGUGUCAAAAAGAAAAAAAAAAAUCAUCUUUGUAAGUCUGGAUCUAUAGAAACCAGAGAGCACGUGUGUUUGGCUUUGUUCACCAACAGUCCUGCAGCAUGCAGAGGACUUCAGACCCAUCACUGAAGACUUCUGACAGGCUCCAAAGGGCACGCUGUUUGCAGGACCACAUCAUUAGAUUACACCAUCAAAUUUGUGCAAUUUCCUGGACUUAUUUCAGACUGAACUUGUUGGGACUAGGAAAUAACCUCUUUACCCACACUGCCCAGUCAGUCCAGCUGGCAGCGGGCAGCCAUCCAGGAGCCCAAGUAGGGUAACCCCCUGGAGGCUAUAGGCACAGCCACCAGCCUUAAAUCAGCAUAAUCCACGAUGCCAACCAAAGUCUCUCCGUCAGGGCCAUGGGCUCACAACGGAGCUUUACUGGGAGCUCCAGUACAGCUAGCUGCUGGGCGGCAGAUAGGAGGGAAUGGUGGGUGAGAAAGGUCCAGGAAUCACUGGGUCGCACAGCAGAUGCUUGAAGGAACGUGCACUGAGGGAGAUAAAAGCUUUGUGCAAGGAAGGACGCUGAAGGAACCGUCCAACAGCGCGUUUUCGCGCCCGCCACACUCAAGAUGGCGGCGCAGCGCCGCUCACGCCGCUCCACGCUCUCCCGCACUUCCCCUUCUCGCUUCUGAUUGGCGGGUUCGCGGUGUCAGCCAAUCAGCGCGCCCGCUGCCGCUCCGGGGGCGGUGCCGCGGCCUGGCCUAGGUUGAAACGGCGGUGGGCGGCGGGCCGCGGGAUGAGCCGUCUGGUUCCGUGCUCGCGGCUCCUCCUGCGCCGGUCCCGGGCGGUGCCGCGGGGGCUGCUCCGUGCCGCCUCCGACGUAGGCAUGGAGGAGCUGCUGAGCCGCUCCGUGCCGCCGCUGCCGCCCUACGAGACCAAGGAGAAGGCACCGCCCCCGGCCGAGCUGCGCAGCGCGGAGUUCAUGCGGUAUUACCGCGGCCUGGCCGGGCCGCCCCGCGCUGAGCUCCUCACCCGUCUGGCCCGCGACUUCGGCGUGGAUCACGGGCGGGUGGCGGAGUUCAGCGCCAAAGUGCUGCAGGCCCGGGAGCAGCAGAGGGAGCUGGGAGCCCUGCUGCAGGCCGAGGACCGGCUGCGUUAUUACCUGAACCCGCGGUACCGGGGGCUGUUCCAGCACCUGGGCCGUCUGGAGGGAGGGCUGCGCUUCCUGGUGGAGCUGAGGGGAGACCUGGUGGAGGGGCUGGCGAGCAAGGAGGUGGACGGGCCUCACGUCAAGGAAAUGAGUGGUGUUCUAAAGAACAUGCUCUCAGAGUGGUUUUCAACAGGAUUCCUAAAUUUGGAGCGGGUCACGUGGCAAUCACCUUGUGAAGUACUCCAGAAAAUCAGUGAUUCUGAAGCCGUGCAUCCUGUUAGAAACUGGGUUGAUAUGAAGCGUCGAGUGGGGUCAUAUAGAAGAUGCUACUUUUUUUCUCACUGUGCAAUCCCAGGAGAACCGUUGAUAGUCUUGCAUGUUGCAUUAACCAGUGAUAUCUCCAGCAGCAUCCAGGCCAUAGUGAAAGAAGUGGAACCUUUAGAAACAGAAGAUGCAGACAAAAUUACAACAGCAAUUUUCUACUCAAUCAGUUUGACUCAGCAAGGACUGCAGGGGGUGGAACUUGGGACUUACCUUAUCAAACGUGUGGUAAAGGAGCUGCAGAAAGAACUUCCUCAGAUAAAAACUUUUUCUACUCUGUCGCCUAUCCCUGGGUUCACAAAAUGGCUCGUUGGUCUCCUCUCCUCGCAGACGAAAGAACUGGAAAAGAAUGAACUUUUUACAGACUCAGAACGCCAAGAACUAUCGCAGAUCACAGGAGACUGUACUACUGAAACACUAAAGAAGCUCUUAAACAACAACGAGUGGGUGCGAUCAGAAAAAUUAGUCAAGGCUCUCCAUUUGCCGCUGAUGAGACUGUGUGCCUGGUAUUUGUACGGGGAAAAACACCGUGGCUACGCUCUGAACCCAGUAGCAAACUUUCACCUUCAGAAUGGCUCUGUGUUGUGGCGGAUAAACUGGAUGGGAGACACGAGCCCUCGGGGCAUUGCUGCUGCGUGUGGCAUGAUGGUGAACUACCGGUACUUCUUAGAGGAUACAGCCAGUAACAGUGCAGCCUAUCUGGGGACAAAAGCCAUUAAAGCUUCAGAGCAGGUUCUUUCCUUGGUGUCGCAGUUCCAGCAGAAUAGUAAGCUUUAAAACUAAGAACAAGUGGUUUUCACUUGUAAAGAGCUGUCAUAUUUUGCAGUGCUUCUAUUUAAAUGCGAUCAUCCCUUAUAAAACAAAUUUACUCAGCACGGCAGGGUACAAAAUUACCUAAAUUAUCAGCUGUCUUGCUUACACUGCCAUAUAUUCAAAGCCUGAUUUGUUGCAGUUGAAUCACUUGAAGUACUACACAUCUGUUACGUACAAAUGAAUUGGAGGUAUGUAUUCAGGAGUGAGCAAAUUCUCUCAACCAGUUACAAUCCAAUAGUAACUUGUAUGGCUGAAGUAUUUUCCAUACUGUUAUUCUGUUGGUAAUAAACAUGUACAAAUGUCA